GCGCAGUGCCCGCUGAGCCGUCGACCCGCGCGCGCACGCGCACGCUCCGGGAAGCAAUACUGCUCUGUGAACGAAACCGUGAUUGAUCAGUGAUACUCUUUGGGAUUUUUACAAAGGUCAGCGCUGCAAUCGACAUGGACCUCCACUGAGUGGGACCGCCCAGUGUUGCACAAAAUGACUUGAUGUUUCAAUACGUUGAACGCUCCAAAAUGAGUUCUCAGUCAAGAACGAUGUCUUUAACUUUGUUGUUAGUGCUAGUGAGUGUUGUGGCUGGGGAUGUGAACUCGACGGCCGCGGGCGGGGGCGGGGGGUCUCGGAUGGCGUGGAUGAAGGGGCUGCUGGACCACCACGACUGGGCCGCGCUGCUGGACAACUCCUCGCUGCCGGCCGCCUGCGCCGCCGACCUGCGCGUCUACCUGCACGCGCUCAACGAGGGCCAGGCCUGGGCCUCCAAGAUGUUCGACGCGUCAGGCCAGUACACGGCCAACAUGAUGUUCGGCAACGAGUACUGGCUGGGCUCGGCGCACGCGUGCCGCGACCUGCAGCUGCCGCAGUACUACCGCCACGUGCCGCCCUUCGCCGCCGCCUUCUACGUCGCCCGCGUCAACCUGACUAUGGACGAGCACCAUCUGCCGAUGAGCAGAAUAGUGGCAAUCGGCGAGUGCGUCCCAGCAUCAUGCGACACGGGCGCGGUGUCGGCGCUGCUGGGCGCGGCGGCGGCGGCGGCGGGGCGGCGCGCGGCGGCGGCGGGGCUGCCGGCCCAGGUGCGCCCGCUGCAGGUGCGCCCCGUGCCCGGCCCCUACCGCGUGUUCCAGGAUGGAAAGACGCAUCUUAUUGGCGCCGUGUGCCUGAUGAUGUUCCUGCUGAUGCUGACGGCGUCCAUCUACGAGGGCUGCCUGGAGCGGCGCUACCGGCGCAGCGGCGGCCACGGCGACCUCGAGCUGUCUCACCAAAAACCUUCUCUGAACAACAACGAGGCGGCGGGCGGGAAGCGGCCCCCGCUUGACAAGGACAAGGACCUGCGGCGCGAGACUUGCGGCGUGUGGUCGGAGCUGCUGCUGUCGUUCUCGGUGCUGUCGAACGGACGCACCAUCCUCAGCACGCAGCGGCCCAGCGACGGCGCGCUCACCAGCCUGCACGGGAUGAGGUUCCUGUCGGUGGCGUGGGUGAUCAUGGUGCACACGUACCUGGCCGUGUUCUACAUCGCGGACAACAAGACCAUGCGCACCGUCAUCGAGCGGAACUUCCUCUACCAGAGCGUCGGCAACGCCUCCUACUGCGUCGACACCUUCUUCUUCAUCAGCGGCCUCCUAGUCACAGUUCUAUUCCUGAGGACGGAAGAAAAGAAAGCGACACACAAGCUGGACAAAGAGAAAAAGCUCCAACAGAACGGCUUCGCCAACUCCGCCCUGUCGGUCUCGGUCAUCAGCCAGAACUCUUUCAGCCAAGACUUUUUAGAGAAGCCCAGAGAAAGCUUUUACAGCUUAGAAGAGUUGACUAAGAUGGGGAAGUCAUUUUGCGUGAUGUUCUUCUACCGGGUGCUGCGGCUGACGCCUGCAUACGGGUUUGUCAUCGGGAUCACGGAGGUUUCCAUCCGGUACGCGGUGAACCAGUCGGUGUUCGAGCCGGCCAUCUUCGACCACGUGACCUGCGGCCAGUACUGGUGGCGCAACCUGCUCUACAUCAACAACCUGUACCCGCAGCGCGAGAUGUGCAUGGUCUGGUCCUGGUACAUGGCUAAUGACACGCAGUUCUACGUCGUCGGGAUCAUACUGCUGCUGUUGUCGGUCAAGUACCCCAAGUUCUCGAUGGUGUCGCUGGGCGUGGUGAUGGUGACGUCGUGGAUGACCACGGUGUACAUCUCCGUGUGGCACCAGUACAAGGCGCGCAUCCAGGAGCCCUUCGAGAUGUUCGACCCGCUCUACGACAAGCCCUGGUCCAGGAUCGGACCCUACCUUGUUGGUAUGAUGGUGGGCUGGUACCUGCACAGCACCAAGUGCCAGGUGAAGAUCCCGUGCUGGCUGGUGGCGCUGGGCUGGCCCGCGUCCGUGGCCAUCAUCGGCAGCCUCAUCUUCGGCAUGGUGGACGGCUACUUCGAGGUGUGGCCCACCGCCUUCUACGUCAGCAUCGGGCAUACGGCGUGGGGCGUGGCGCUCGCAUGGGUAUCCAUCGCGUGCUGCUGCGGCUACGGGGGGCUGGUGAACUCGGCGCUGUCGUACCGCGGGCUGCUGCCGCUGAGCCGCCUCACCUACUGCGCCUACCUGGUGCACCCCACCGUCAUGAUGUACACCACCUUCCUCAUGGACGGGCCGCUGCAUCUCGAGAACUCCAUGGUGCUAAUAAUCUACGCGGGCUACGCGGUGAUGGCGUUCCUGGCUUCCUUCGCGAUCUCACUAGCCUUCGAGGCGCCGGUCGUGCGCCUGCUGAAGAUCAUCAACAACGGCGGCGUCAAGAAGGAGCAGUGACGACACACCACCAGCACCGGUGACGUCACACAGCCAGGACAGUGACGUCACACCGCCACCGAUUAUCUAGACACAGUCCACCAAGCUUGUCCCGACGUCGACAAUGUUCGCCCGACAGCGCUACGGCAGAACUGCGAUUCGAUCGACUAGACAAGACUACAAAUAGUUAUUAUCUACAAUAUUAUUCUUUGGAUUAUGAGAAUACGAACGAAACUGAUCAUGAAAUGUAUGUCCUACAGUUUUAUUUCUUGUAAAAUAACUGCACGUGUAUGUUUUUGAAGGUAGAGACUGUAUUGCCACUAUACUAAGUGUUGCUUUAGUCGCACAAUUAUGGUAAAAUAUUCAAGCGUUCCAUCGUAAUAUAUUCGUGAGCACGGUGCCUGCAGCCACGGCGCCGGUACGGUCAGCUUCAGCAGUAGCUAUACACUUUUGUACCUUGACAAAAUCACAAACCGUCUAUGUCUCAAUGAGUAGGCGGUGUGCGAGUUUGACAAGGGACACAAGUGUAUAAGUAGAUACAAAUGAAUCUGACUGUACCUAGUCUUUAGUAGAGGAACUUCACUAAAUAGCCCCAGCUACAACAACACUACGGCUCAAUCGCUUGCUCACAAUAUUCAAAAGUCAGCAAUUGUUACUUUUAAUUUUAAUAGGGUAUCGGCAUUAAACUUAAUUUAUAAAUAAACCAUAUGGAUGUUGAAGAUGAGCAUAUCAAGUGCCACUGAGUUUGCUCUCAAUGUUAGGUUAAAAUGUAUAUUAUGUAAUAACAUCGAAUGAAGACUUUAAUUAAUGUAAGACUAGGUUAAUUGAAUAUUAAAUCGUUACCAAUAUUAUGUUACCGUAAAGUAAACAUUUCUCAAAGGAAAUUUAUAUUUUUUUAUAAGGCCGAACAUGUGAUAUAGCCGUAAAAAUAAGUUCAUGUGUAAUAUAUCCAUCAAAGUACUUAGGAUUUCAAUAGUUACCUUUCAUUAGAAAUUGUAAAUAUUAUCUCUAAACAUAUUUUGGCUUAAAAAUUGAACGCUUUUUGGUUAUACCUAGCAAUAGCACAUUAUGGCAUCCUUUUGUAUGUUUGUAAAUAAAUAAAAUAUUACAAAACAA